AAUAGCAGUGUAUCUGUCUCAGCCACUAUCUGUUCCACUGUUCACUGUUCAGACUGGACCUACAGAAACCAUGCUCAGCUUCAGACUCAGCACCACACUGCUGCUUGCAGCUUUUUUGCUCGGGACAUCAGUUGUUUCCACAGAGAAAGUUGUGACCUGUGAUGGCCGUGACAAUGUCCAACGCCUUGGCUGUGAUCAUGGAGUGAUCCGUGUGCAAGGAGCCCUGUAUGGACGUACAGAUCGUGAAACCUGCAGUGAGGGAAGGCCUGCAAGACAGGUUGCCAACACACGGUGCUCUCAAAGGGGCGCUGUGGAUGUCCUCAAGAGGAGAUGUGAUGGCAAGAAGGUGUGUGAGUUCAACAGUGAUGUUGUUCGUACGUCUGAUCCCUGCCGAGGCACCUACAAAUAUCUGGAGACCAACUACACCUGCUUCCCAGCAAUUCGUGUCAUUGCAUGUGAGGGCUCUGUGGCACAUUUGUUUUGUGCUAAGGGGCAGGUUAUAUUUGUCUAUGGGGCUGACUAUGGACGCAGUGACCAGUCCACCUGCUCCUACAGACGGCCCGCCUCUCAGGUUCAAAAUGUGUCCUGUUCAAGCUUCACUAGCAACACUGUAGUUGCUGAGCGCUGUAAUGGGAAAAACAACUGUACCAUCAGCGCUACAAACUCAGUGUUAAGAGACUCCUGUGUUGGCACAUACAAGUACCUGGAGGUGGCAUACAUUUGUGAAUAUCCUCUGGUCUCUUCAGAGGAAUCUUCAAUGGAGUCUUCGCAAACACAUGCAGAAUGAAUCAUGUAACAUACAUGUACUGAAUGACAUUUAAUGUAACAAAUGUGCCACUUUAUAAUUAGUUCAUUGGCUAGAAAAGUGUAAAUGUCACUUACACAGAAUCUUGUUCCAGGUCCAUAAGAAUACUAAUAUCCUAAUAUUGAACAUUUAGACUCAUACAAGUUAAGACAUUUUCCUUCUAUAGUAUAUAAAGAACUUCCAUUUGCCCGAAACUGCUCAGAACUAAGCAAGACAUAAAUAGUGCUCAAAUGUUUAGAAAGAAUACAAAAAUUACCAAAUGCAGCAUAUUUACCAGUUAUUCAACAGUUUUUGGUGCAGCUGUGGUUUAAACCUCUGCUCCCAGGGGUUAGCCUUCUACCUAUAAAAAUCCUCUUCUGCACACCAAGUUACGCAGCGUCCUUUCAGAUCGUUUAAGCUGCUAGUUACAAUGGCUGAACAAAGAAACCCCUAAACAUGCAGAUCUUUAACACUGUGCUACAUGAAUUAUAAUGAAUGAAAUCAGCAGUAAAGUUUAUCAAACAUUGCAAUUUUUGCUGUGAGUUGAUGACUAUCCGAAGAAAUUUGCCAGUUCUACAAUCAGUGACCAGUCUAAGUUAAAGUCAAUGACAGUUCAAUUUAAUGUACCAACUGAUCAGUUGUCUUCAGUUUACAAAUGAUACAAAAUAAGGACAUUUGGACAGUAUAUGAUGUGCAGCGUGCUCCCAGGAAAUAAUUAUUAAAUAUUAUCCUACAUGUCAAAUCAAAAAGCUGUAAAUAAAUCUGAAAUGAUAACACGUCUAACCAGACAAUACAUGUUACCAAUGGGAGGAACAGGAUGUUGGUUAAAACACAAAAACGUCCCUGAAACUGUCCAAAGCAACAGGUUGGAUAGGACUUGAUGAAGUAUGCUAAUGGCUGUAAACAUCAGAGCUAAUCCAAACUACCAAAUUACUGACAAGUUGCUGAUGUCUUUGGAGAGGUCGGUCUUCGACGGGUAGACGACCUUCAGGUUCCCAUCUUGGUCAACUGUUCGGACCUGCUGGAUGAUCAGCUGGCUGGAGGCCUCACUGCUCCCGACAGGCUGAGGUGGACCAUCGCCUUCGUCGUCCGAGCCCACCUCCUCCUGAUGCUCUGCAGUGAACUUGUUCAACUCUGCCAUUUUCUGAGGAAACAAGAACUGUCUGCUAAAUCCCUGCAUGUAAUACUGUGUAAUACAAUGAGACUGGAACAUAGACGCUGUGGCACCAAAUUUAUCAUAGAAAUAAAUAUAGUUAGUACUCAGCAUCAA